AUAGACACAUACAUACGUUUAUAUACACCCCUUUCUUCUACAUCAUCUCGUAGAUUUCCGGUUCCGUCUUAUUUGUUGAGUCAAACACACAAAAAAAAGCUUCUGUCAAGUGAUGCCAUAACUUCCUGCUGGACAAAUAAUGGAGUUGGCAGACUCCUCUGUGUGUCUGACAUACGAGAGCGGUCCUGCUGAGUUAGUCGAUUUCCCACAAACAGAUGAACCAGUACAUAUUCUUGGUAACGCUUACAGCACAUUUUAUGAUUUGGAUGAAUUGAAAGCAGACAUUUUGUCUCGGAUAUGGAUAACUUAUAGGAAAAACUUUAGUCCAAUUGGUGGAACUGGCCCGACUACAGAUACUGGAUGGGGAUGUAUGUUGAGGUGUGGUCAGAUGAUGAUGGCUCAGUGCCUCGUGAUUAGGCAUCUUGGUAGAGACUGGCGCUGGUCCAAGGACUCCCUCAACGACCCUGUCUACCGAAAGGUACUGAGCCUCUUCCAGGAUAAACGGACAUCUUAUUAUUCAAUACAUCAAAUCGCCUCAAUGGGCGUAUCUGAAGGUAAAACAGUUGGAAGUUGGUUUGGUCCAAACACUAUAGCUCAAGUCUUAAAGAAGCUGUCUGUAUAUGAUGAAUGGAGCGCCAUCGUCACCCAUGUAGCCAUGGACAACACCAUCAUAGAAGAUGACAUCAGGACUUUGUGCAAGAACUUCACCGCCAAUCGUGAUAACGGUCAGCUAGAAUCUAAAUCCAUCUCCGACAGUUCCCCACUAACAGCAGGUUCAUCAUUAAAAGAGUCCAGUUGGUCACCCUUGUUACUGAUUAUUCCUCUCAGGCUCGGACUGACCGAUAUCAAUUCUCUAUACUUCAACAGUCUCAAGAUGUGUCUGUCAUUAAAACAAUCAGUAGGAAUUAUCGGUGGGAAACCGAACCAUGCCCAUUGGUUUGUCGGUACUUUUGAGGAUGAACUGAUCUACCUCGACCCACACACCACCCAGCCUGUCGUUGACAUCGGGUCAACAAACACCACAGGAGACGAAUCUUACCACUGUUGCCAUGCCUCCCGUAUGAAGCUGAAUCAUCUGGACCCCUCCGUUGCUCUGGGGUUUUUCUGCUUGACCGAAGACGAAUUUGAUGACCUUUGCGAAGCAUUCCGGCAGAAAAUGGUCAGCAAGACACCAAUGUUUGAAAUUCAUAAGCUCCGGCCCAAACAUUGGCCUCCUGAAGCAUACAUGGCUGCUGGUGGAACCUCGAAACCUGUUUACGUCAAUGUUGAUUUCUGUGAUACCGAAGACGAAUUUGAACUGCUUGGCUGAUCCUCCCCUACUCAUUUGAUGUGCGCUGUAUAUAUAUAUAUAUAUAUAUACAUAUAUAUACACAUGUACACGUGUGGGUGGGGAGUGGGACGGGUGUGGGUGGGUUAACAAGUGUAGGCCUUUUGUCACUGCUAAGAUUUGUCCUGUAUGUCAAGGGGUACUCGUUGAAAAAGAAAAAAAAAUGUAUUAAAAAAAUGUAAAAAUGAAUAUAUUGGAAAAAAAAAUUAUUAUAUAAUAAAAUAUACAAUCAAAGAAAAUCAAA